AUGAUUGCAGGCAACAUUCUACAAACAAGAGGAGAGCCUCAAGAUCAGGCAUACUAUGGGUUUCUCAUUAGCUUGAGCAAUAGCAACGGUAUUAUCAUAAAGAGGAUAACGAUGUUCACAACCACAGUAAGGAUAUCAGAGUUAUCAACUAAAGCACACGCUAGAGCCAAGUUAUCGACAAUCGAGUUAAUACGACCAAGGAAAUUAGUUAUGCAAGAGUCACCACGGCAAAAAGAGUUUCAAGGGCCACCAAGUGUCACGGGCGGUGGUCUUGGAAGCUAUGGUGGUGAGAACUUUAUGGUGAAGAGAACCGUUGAUGAGAGAGAGAACAAGCUUAUCUUUCUGGACCCAAUCAUCAUACUUUGGGUUGGGGAGGAGAGGCGAAGAAGUAGAUUCAUCGGCUUUAGUCUUUGGGUCGGAAAAGGACACAGAGAAGUGCAGUCAACAAAGCCGAGAAAGGGGAUUGCGAAGGAUAUGAACAAUUUAAGCAAGCCACGUCAGAUAAUUAUCACACUCGAGACGAAUGAAGAUAACAUGAUGAAUGCUAGGAAAAUCAAUAGAGAAUGA